AUGGAUCCGUCACAUAGCACAGACGGGGAUUGGGUGGCGCACCAGUGGCAGUCGGGUGGAGCUUCGGUGGCUGGGCAGUGGCCCGGUGGCGGAGCAGUGGCCAGCCAGAAAAAAGGGUCGGGGAGCCGGAGUGGUGGGGGCCAGGGCGGACGCCGCAGGCUGAGCAGCGAGCUGGGGCCGCAGGCAGGCGGCGGCGCAGGGAGUAGUGGCGGGCGGGGAGGUAGUGCUAUCGGGAAGCGGCGGCCGGAGAAGCCAGCGGCUAAGCGCGGCGGCGAGCAAAGGGGCAGCCGAGAAGCGGCAGCCGCAAGGAGGAGCCGGCGAGGGCCGGGAGCCGGCAGGAGGCCGAGAAGAACCUGCUGCGGGGGCCGGAAAGGGCAGCCGGUGGCGGUCGGAGGGGCCGCCGGCGGGGGCCGCAGAGGCCGGACUGACAGGUCUGACAGGCUUGUCAGUUCGUGUUUGCAGUUGUACGAGUUAUGGAUAGAGGAAUCAUUUGCAGUCAAAACCAUCUUCAACUCACAACCCAACCCAAACAAAAUCAAAGAAACCACUACACUCUGGAAAAAUAUAACCAAGGCCAAAGAAACCAUAGACUGCUACUGCAAAGCACCCCAAGAACCUUCACUUUCUCCCCAAUCUACCCACCCCUCUUAUCAUCAUUUGCUUAUUAAUGCCUCAGAAAUUUGCCCCGUGUAUUUUAACUUCAUUCACCAAGACCUGAAGCCAUGGGAAAAGUUGGGAAUAACACUGAAAAUGGUUGAGAAGGCUCAAAAGAAGGCAUCUUUCAGGGUUAUUGUUGUUAAUGGAGGUUUGUUUGUUGAGAGUUAUCAUCAUUGUCAUGAAACAAGGGAUUUGUUCACUGUCUGGGGGAUUGCUCAGUUGUUGAGGAUGUACCCGGGAAUGGUGCCUGAUUUGGACUUGAUGUUUAAUUGUCAAGAUAAAACUGUUGUGCACAAGAGCCUGUACAAGAAUACCGAGCCACCACCAUUAUUUCAUUACUGUGGGAGCGAAGAUACAUUUGAUAUUGUUUUCCCAGAUUGGUCUUUCUGGGGAUGGGCAGAGAUACAGAUACCACCAUGGAACAGAUCCAUUCAGGACAUCCAAAAGGGAAAUCAGCUGGUCAAGUGGUUAGUUAGAGAUCCAACUGCCUAUUGGAAAGGCAAUCCUUUGGUUUCUCCCAAGAGACGGGACCUUAUGAAGUGCAGCAGGACUGCCGAUUGGAAUGGAAGGCUUUAUACACAGAACUGGGGCAAAGAGUCUAAGAGAGGCUUCAAGUAUUCCAAACUUUCAAGCCAGUGCGCCCACAGAUACAAGAUAUAUAUAGAAGGCAAAGCAUGGUCAGUGAGCCUCAAAUAUAUUCUGGCAUGUAACUCUCCAACUCUCCUAGUAAGACCAGAAUUCUACGAUUUCUUCCUGCGUGGUCUUGUUUCUAGACACCAUUAUUGGCCCAUAAGACCAGAUAAGAAGUGCAAAGAUAUUGAAUUUGCUGUCGAGUGGGGAAACAACCACACAGAAGAGGCCAUGGCAAUUGGUGAAGCAGGGAGUUAUUUCAUAUUAAAUGAGUUAACAAUGAAGUAUGUUUAUGACUACAUGUUCCAUGCUUUAAGAGAGUACGCCAAACUAUUAAAGUACAAGCCUACUGUCACCAAAAAGGUGCUUAAGUAUUGUUCAGAGAGCAUCUUAUACUUUGCAAAUGAUGCAGAGAAAGUGUACAUGGAGGAGUCAAUGGUCACAAGUUCAAGUCCUUUGCCCCCAUGCAAGUUGAGGAAGGUCAAAUGAGACUCCAAAUCUGUUGGAGAAUUUUUGGAGAGGAAUUCCAAGUCAACUAAGGAUCAGAGAAAGCAAGAUAAACGAAGAAAAGGAUUACUAGAGUUACCAUAGUCAAGACUCGAGAGAAUAAUGUUAAAUGUACAAAUCUUGUAAUGCUUAUCAAUGAUUUGAUAAUUUUGCAAGAAUAUUACAGGCUACCUAAAAAUUUGAUAAGGAUUUCAUUUUCGCUCUCUUGGUCUAUUGACAAUAUGCAUCAGAGGGGACCAAGCUCAAAUGGUGAGGCUGAGUCAUAAAGAGGGCAGAGCAUAUCCAGCAUUCAGGAGGUGGAUCCUUAACAUGCUCCAUCCAUGUCACCAUCCCCAC